UGACUCUCCUUUGCCUGUGUCAUCGCGUGUGUGUUUUGUAAAGUUCCAUGAUCCUGACUCGGCAGUUGUGGCCCAGCACCUGACAAACACUGUAUUCGUUGACAGAGCGUUGAUAGUCGUACCAUAUGCAGAAGGAGUCAUUCCUGAUGAGACUAAGGCUUUGUCUCUCUUGGCACCAGCCAAUGCUGUGGCAGGUCUGCUGCCCGGAGGUGGGCUCCUGCCUACUCCCAACCCACUGUCUCAGAUUGGUGCUGUUCCUUUAGCUGCUCUAGGAGCUCCUGCUCUUGAUCCUGCCCUAGCUGCUCUUGGGCUUCCUGGAGCAAACUUAAACUCUCAGUCUCUUGCAGCAGAUCAACUACUAAAACUGAUGAGCACAGUGGAUCCAAAGUUGAACCAUGUAGCUGCAGGUCUUGUUUCACCAAGUCUGAAAUCAGAUACCUCCAGUAAAGAAAUAGAAGAAGCUAUGAAAAGAGUACGAGAAGCGCAGUCGUUAAUUUCUGCUGCUAUAGAGCCAGAUAAAAAAGAUGAAAAACGAAGACAUUCGAGGUCAAGGUCACGCUCAAGGAGGAGGAGGACACCUUCUUCAUCUAGACACAGACGGUCAAGAAGCAGAUCAAGGAGAAGGUCCCAUUCAAAAUCAAGAAGCAGGAGGCGAUCUAAAAGUCCAAGGCGAAGAAGAUCUCAUUCCAGAGAGAGAAGCAGAAGGUCCAGGAGCACAUCCAAAACCAGGGAUAAAAAGAAGGAAGAGAAAGAAAAGAAACGUUCUAAAACCCCUCCCAAAAGCUACAGCACAACUAGACGAUCAAGAAGCACAAGCAGAGAAAGACGACGUAGAAGAAGCAGGAGUGGAUCACGGUCACCUAAGAAACCCAGGUCUCCUAAAAGGAAAAUGUCUCGCUCCCCAUCUCCAAGGAGGCAUAAAAAGGAAAAAAAGAAGGAUAAGGACAAGGAGAGAAGUAGAGAUGAGAGGGAGCGGUCAACAAGCAAGAAAAAAAAGAGCAAAGACAAAGAGAAGGAUCGAGAACGGAAAUCCGAGAGUGACAAGGAUGUGAAAGUCACAAGGGAUUACGAUGAAGAAGAACAAGGAUAUGACAGCGAGAAGGAGAAAAAGGAAGAAAAGAAAAUGGCAGAUUCUUCCUCUCCGAAAGGAAAGGAUUCUGGCGCUGAUAAAGGAAGUGGAGAUGCAGCAAGGGAAUCCAAAGUUAACGGGGAUGAUCAUCACGAGGAGGACAUGGACAUGAGUGACUGAAUUUUGCCUUUGCAGCCACCGCAGCUGCAGACGUGCAUCAGUGUCAUUCCUGUGUGAUUCUUUUAUGCUGUACUCGUUAAUCCUAAAUCUAGAUGUACACAGCUCCAGACUCUACGUGGUUUGUAAAUCUCCCGAUACUAACUCACGUCAAAAGCUCUAUAGAAAGGUAACCAUUCUUGUUACGGCCGAAAGGGAUUGCGUAGCCAAGCCAUUCUUACUAACUUGGUGAUGCUUCAAGCAAAAGUAAAAAGCUGCAUGCGUCUACAGCAGGCAUGGACUGUUGUUGUCCGAUCUCCUUUAGUCGAUCAGCUCACCUCUGAUAGUGUUUCUAGAGUUUGAUUCAUCGCAGUACUAGAGCAGUGUAGGAAUGCACUGACUGCAUGUUGAUUGUGGCAGAAACAUCCUCCGUGUUCUCCAGUCCUACAACAUACGGGAUCUACUUAAGGGUCUUAAGCGUGACUACACAAAAAAAAAAAAAAUAAUGACAGUACAUCUGAAAAUAAGCAUCCUGCUAGCGAUAGUUUUUUUUGGGUUUGUUUUUUUUAAGCCAUGUGGCUGGGGUUGGUUUGGUUUUGUUUUGUUUUUCCCAGUGGGUUUUGUUUGGCUUUGACAAAAGUUAAAAUGCACUGACCUUUUUGAGGGCUUUUUUUAAUCUGUCCAUUCAAAUCCAUCUCAGGCAAGUUGUAAUGGUUCUUAACUUUUCAUUUUGGGAAGUGAAAAUCUCUGUUUGAUCAGCGCCCAGUGAUUAAAGGUUGAUUUGUGCAGGUUUCAUAAUCCGGGUCAUUUUAUUUGUUAAUGAGCUGAAGCCAUCCCAGAAAGGUAGUGCAUUUUAAAAUUGCUUUUAAGAGCAAGUCUACUUGAUAAUGUACUUUUUACUUGAUCUCAAGUUGUAUAAACUAAUAAUUUGUGUUUCCUGUCACUGCAGUAGUAACCUUAUGCACACAGUGAUUCCAUGUUAUAUGCAAGUAGUUAGGCGAGCUCUCUCCUUAGUUCCAGAAGCUCCAGAGCUUUUCCUUUUGUGCAGGUAAAGAGGCAGAAGUAGGCUCCAGUCUGUGCCAUGUCGAUGUACAGUUUCUGAAAUUGUUUUACAGAACUUUGAUAAUAAAACCCUUAAACU